AAGUUCGAUGCGAUGAGACACGCUCGGGGGACCUACACAAUGUACAUCUCCAUACUAACAUCCCAUUCCCAGGUCGGUAACCACUGCCUUUAUUUACCCUCCCUUGUUAUGAGUCGUUCGUAUACUAUAAAAGAGGCUCAGAAAUUAGCCGCAUCUCUUAGGUCCAUUCAAUGACAACUUCAGUACCUGUCCUAUUUGUGAUAGGCUGUUUGCCCAUCCUACUAGUAUGGUUUUUGUACAACCACGAUCCUAACAGAAGGAUACGUAUCCCUCCUGGUCCCAAGGGUACCUUCUUUGCCGGAGUCAAAGAUCAACUUUCUUCGUCUCCAUGGAAGGUCUAUGCUCAAUGGGCCGAGCACUACCAGAGCCCUGUCAUAUCAUUCUGGAUAUACAACCGUCGCACUGUAGUUCUCAACGACCACGAAUCCGUCCGGGAGCUCCUCCAUAAACGAGCGAGCAUAUACUCCGAUCGCCCCAAAUCAUGGAUGUUCCAUGAGCUUUGCGGACGUGGAAAAUCCGUGUUCAAUAUUUCCUCCUUGGAUAGUAGGCAUGGGAAGUACCGGAGACUCUUACAGCAUGGUCUCAGUGGGCGGGCGGUUCCAGAAUAUCACGAACUACUAGAGAGCGAAGCCGAUGUCUUUGUUCAAUCCUUGACUCGAGAACCGCAUGCUUUUCAGCAUCAUUUUCGAAGAAAUGCAGCUGCAGUCAUAAUGAAGAUUACUUAUGGCUAUACACUUACUGACAGUGAUGAUCCAUUUAUUCGUGUGGCAGAGGAAUCCGCUCAGAUCUCUGGCUGGGCCCUGGCUCCCGGUCGUUGGAUGGUAGAUUAUUAUCCUAUCGUGCGCUUUAUCCCAUCGUGGUUCCCGUUUGCACAUUUCAAGCGCCAAGGGGCAAAAUGGAGAAAGCAACUCGAGUCCUUGUCAGACGUACCCCAUAAUUGGGUCAAAAAGCAGAUGGAGCAACCAAAUUUUGUGGAAUGCUUCACAACUCGACUUCUUCGACCCAACGCAGAUGCAGAAGCCGAGGAUAUAGUAAAAUGGGCGGCCGGUGGGCUUUAUGCAGGUGCCUCUGACACAACAGUGUCAGCAUUGACAUCUUUCAUUCUCUUAAUGGCACUCUACCCGGAUACCCAAAAGACAGCUCAGCGCGAAAUCGCUAAUAUAUGUGGAGCCGGGAGGAUGCCUUCUAUAACUGAACUGCAUAGCCUACCCUACCUCGAUGCUCUUUUCAAAGAGGUAUUACGGUACGCGCCUAUUUCCAACAUAGCCCUGCCGCACAGAGUCGUUCAAGACGAUGUGUACAAAUCAUACCUCAUUCCAAAAGAUAGCACUGUCAUUCCGAAUACAUGGGCUAUCCUACAUGAUCCCUCUCUGUUUCCAGAGCCAUUUGAGUUCAAGCCAUCCCGUUUUAUUGAUAACGCAUCGAUCAGCCAGCGGCGCCACGGGAGCGAGAACGAAGUCAAUCCAGAUCCGAGGGCUUACGCUUUCGGCUACGGAAGACGAAGCUGUCCUGGUAUCCAACUAGCAGAGAUAUCUGUACUACUGAUAAUGUCGCGAAUUCUCUCAAAAUUCGAAGUCUCGUUGCCUACCGGAGUCUGUGCACCGCAGGUAGAGUUUACAACAGGAAUAACCAGUCAUGUCAAACCGUUUGAUAUUGUCAUAAGGCCGAUGUAAGCCUUCCGGACAGUAAUAAUCGCAAGGGACUUUUCAUAGUUGCUACAUUAUCGGCAAUGAGUCGGCAAUUGCAACAGUAGUUAUCUAUCUUCAAACUCUUCGUCAAGCAUAUAUAAUCACGCUAUAGUUAGUUUCUUAUAAUCAUCUUGGUCAAUCCAUUAUUUCCAAAUAAUCGUGAAAUAAUGUGUACGUUCUUCCGUUGUCAUAGGUCGCGUCUGCAUGG